AUGGUCAAUAGUCAAGUCGUUGUCCUCGGCGUUGUCGCGGCAGCUGGGGUCUCUGUGCUUGUUGGAUACGCGGUGACGCGCUUCUACUUCACCGAUCCUCCGAGGCAGAAUGUCGAUGGCGCGAACGGCGAGUUCAGUCAGGCGGCGUACAUGCGGGAUGUGCGGUUGAGGAAUCAGGACUCCAUCGCGGCUGUCAUGGGUCUUGGUCGGCGAGAUAUAAAAGCAGCACAAGAUAGGGUACAAUCAGGCUACUCCUGA